CGCAGGUGGCAGUGGAGCAGGUGCUGGGGGCUCUGUGCCUCCCGCUGCCCGUCCUGGCGGCCCCGUGCCAGUCCGUGGUUCACUCGCUCGUCCUGCGUGUCCUCCGGGAGCUCCAGCACCUCGUGCCCCGGCAGAUCUGUGCCAACCUGAAGCUGUGCCCGGCAGAGCCCGGCGGUGCUGCAGCCGUGCCCACCCUCGGGGCACUCGGCACCCACCCACAGGAGCCCCCCCCGGGCCCGGCGGCGCUGCCGGUGCCCCUCCCGCUGUGCUGGCUGUGCCGCACCUUCGUGGCGCAGGCCGAGGCCGCCAUCCCCGUGCCCAGGGUGGCCGCGGCGGCCACGGGGCUGUGCCGGGCGCUGCCGCUGGUGGCCGUGGGUGCGUGCCAGUGCCUGGCCCAGCGCUACGCCACCCUCCUGCUCGAGGGGCUGCUGGGCCGCCUGGGCCCGCGCCUGCUGUGCCGCCUGCUCCUCGCCUGCCAGGGCACCGCGGACGACGCGGGCGCGCCACCGGCGCUGCUGGAGGCCAUCGUGGUGCGGCUGGCGGAGUGCGUGGGCCCCGAGGACCUCAAGGGUGUCGCCCCCCCCGUGCUGUCACCCCCCCUGGGCCCCUGUGCCCUGGGCCCCAUGUACUGGUGCUCCAGCCCCGAGCCCGCCCGGCGCUGCCAGGCCCUGCAGCACUGCCAGGAGCACGUCUGGCUGUAGAGGGGCUCUGGGGCCCCCCCCAGCACUUCCCAAUAAAGUUUGGAUGCAGCUCU